GUGGCAAAUGUGACAGAUGCUCUGUGUCUUGUUCACAGUGGGAAGUGGCUGAAGGAGGAAGGGCCCAGGCGAGAGUGAGCGGAAGCAGAAGGCUGGGAGGUGAAAGAGCGGGGCUGUCGCUGGCUCUGGCCGACAGGCUCUGCCAAGGGCUCCAGCGCGAGGAGAAAAUGCACCUGCCGACCCUUCUCCUCUUCCUCUGGCUCUCAGGUUCCCUCAAUGCUGAGAUUAGAGAGGAUCCAAUCACCGGUCCAGGAGCAGUGAGUGGUCCAGAGGGGGGCUCACUGACCGUGCAGUGUUGUUAUAACCCAGAGUGGAGAACCCACAAGAAGUGGUGGUGUCGAGGGGCUGAUUGGGGCCCCUGUAAGAUCCUUGUUGAGACCACUGGAACAGAGGAAGAGGUGAAGAAGGACCGUGUGUCCAUCCGGGAUAGUUGGAAAGACUACACAUUCAAUGUGACCAUGGAGGCGCUCAGGAGAGAUGACGCUGACACUUACUGGUGUGGGAUCGAAAGAACUGGAAUUGACAAAGGGGUCCAAGUUAAGGUGACCAUUGACCCAGAUCCAGGGUCCAUGUGUUUGCCCCUCCCCCAUACUGGAUGGGUGGGAUCGGGCUCAGGGGCAGGAGGUGAGUCUGGGGUUCAUGGGCCUCCUCCCGUUGUCCCUAGGCUUGGCAUCACGAGACUCAGCAUCCUCCUUCCCCUCAUCUUUGCCAUAGUGCUGCUUCUCCUGGUGGCCAUCUCGCUCUUGGCUUGGAGGGUGAUGAAGAAGCAGAAGAAAGCCUCUGGGGUAUCUCCAGAGCAGGCUCUGCAGCCCCUGGAGGGUGAAAUCUGCUACGCAAACCUGACCCUGCAGCAGAAUGGAGCCUCCUCCAACUUCUCCCGGAAAAAGGCCUCUGUGAAGCCCCCCUCCGCUUCCCAGGUGGAAGUGGAAUAUGUCACUAUGCACCCGGUUCCAAGGCAGGAAGUUUCCUAUGCAUCUCUGUCUUUUGGCAUCUUGGAUCAGGAACCGACCUACAGCAACACUGGCCAGCACACCACCCACGUGUCUGGUGGGAGCCACCAGGAGCUCACAGAGUACAGCACCGUCAGGAGGCCUUAGCCCGGACCCCACGCCAGGCCUGUGAGCACCUUCCAGGCUUGUCAGCUUUCUGCCCCUGCUGUCCUCACCAGGACCUCUUCCUGAUUGGCCAGCAGUGUCCCCAGCUCCGGACCUAGCCUCAGGGGGCUUCAGGGAGUUAGGGAUCUCCCUGGAUGCCCCUCCUCUCCCACAUAGCUGGGGAGAGGGACUGGGGAUGUACCCUGAGGCUGCCAUGGGAAUAAUAAGGAUGAUAAUGAUAACAAUAAUAGUAAUUAACCUUUAUUUAUGGCUUCCUAUGUACAGUGGUCUGAAUAAUGACCUCCAAAGAUAUCUGUCCUAAUGCCCAGAACCUAUGAAUGUCAUCCUUUGUGGCAAAGGGGACUAUGCAUUUGUAUUUAAGUGAAUGAUUUUGAGAAGUGGAGAUUGUUCUGGAUGCUAAGGGGACCCCCAAACAUAAUCACAAGGGUCCUUAGAAGAAGGAGGCAAGAGGAUCAAAAGAGAAGGUGAUGGAUGACGAGAGUGGAGGGUGGAGUGUGGAGACCAGGAGCCAAGGGCGCUGCAGAUUCUAGCAGCGGGAGAAGGCAGGGGCGGGCUCUCCCCUGGGCCUUCUGAAGGAAUCAGAAAAGAACACCUGACCUGAGCCCAGUGAAACUGAUUUUAUACUUCUGGCCUCCAGAACCGUAGGAGAAUAAAUGUGUUGUUUUCA